ACAGCGUCCCCCCUCACUGAGCCCGACCUAUGAACAGGAGCACGCCGCCGUGCCGGUCUUGUUUAAUCAGAAAGUAGAGGCGCAGGAAUCGGGGUCCGGGGCCCGAGGCCGCGCGAGACGCGGGUCUUUAUUUGAACGCUCGCGGCUCAGGGCUGCUCGCGACGACCGUUGCCCGCACGGAAUUCCACGCCGGCUUCGCGCGGGGUCCUCUCGGCUCGAAGGUCCCGAACAGCAAGAUGGCGGCGCCCAGCAGCAGGCAGGUGUUGUCUCUCUACAGGAUGAUGUUGAAGGAAAGCAAGAAAUUUUCCAGUUACAAUUACAGGACCUUUGCACUCCGGAGGAUCAGGGAUGCUUUUCGAGAACACAAAAAUGAGACAAAUCCUGAAGUUAUCCAAGAGCUAAUAGAAAAGGCUAAAACCAACACAGAAAUUAUUAGAAGACAGGUACUCAUCGGCCAUUUGUACACCACACAAAAGCUCAUAAUUGAAAAUCAGUGAAAGUCACCUUUCGGCCACUGGUGGUGUCCUGAUCUUCAAGAACUUAAUCUUCUCUCUCUACUAUGUUUGACAACACUGUAAAAGAUUCUGGAAGCAAGACUUGUACAAUAAUGUAAUCCAUGCAUUUAACUGUACUGCUAAGUUGCAAUAAUGCUAUAUUUUACAAUUCUAGAGCAAUGGUAAAGGUCAGCUAUGUAAUUAAAAAUGCAUUUUUUGUAAUCCCAAUGCAAUGUUUAAUUUUCGAUGUUACACAUACUAAUGAGCAGACACAGUCUAUAGUUAAAUAUUAGUUUUCUGCUCAACCAAUAAAGGAACAAGAAAAACUCACUAAUGAAGUGUGUACUCAUGGCUAAUAUUUUGUCCUGGAAUAAUCUCUACAAAUAUUUACAGCAACAUACCAGUGGCCUGUUUAUGAAAUAGAGCAAUAUGUUUAUAUUAUGCACUUCACACUGUUGAUUGUAUGGUAUGUAUAUUUCUCCAAUCUCUACAGAUAUGCACUUAAACCAAGUUAGGUUUAGAACAUAAUGUUACUGGAUUCUGCAGUAGACAGAUGUGGUCGGGCUAGUCUAAUUCCAGUUAUAUACCUUGGUGUUCCAUGAUACAAAAGCAUGAGGCUUGAUCCAGCUGGCAUCUUAUGUUGACAGCCAGUACCUUGUGCUUAACCCCAACACAAGCCCUGCAGCCGCACUAACCUUGUGGGUCUAAUCAAGGUUGAACCUCAAGCCCUGGACUACCCUAAUGGCCAUCAUUUUUAAACAUUUGGAGCAUCCAUA